AACACUAUGGCUACUUCAUGGAAAAAAAAAUGCUUUUUCUACAUGAGCCUCAUUUUGUUUUUUUCUAAUUGUGGUCCUGUAAUAGGAUAUGACAGUGCCCCGAUUGUUUCAACACGGAGUGGAAUGGUGAAGGGAAAGCUAAUCCAGGUCAAAGAAUCAACCUCGGGUGUCUUUGCAUUCCUAGGAGUGCCCUAUGCAAGCCCUCCUGUAAGAUUUGCUUCACCACAGCCUCCCACAUCCUGGACUGAAAUAAGAAAUGCGACCACCUACCCUCCACUAUGUUUGCAGAACCUCACUGAGACAAAAGUAUUUUCUGAAUAUUACUUUGGAAAAUACCCUGAGCUGACAUCGUCUGAAGACUGUCUGUAUCUUAACAUAUAUUCACCUGCAAAUGCAUUUUCCGAUCAAGUCAGUCGCCCUGUGAUGGUCUGGAUACAUGGAGGGGGCUUCCAGCUUGGAGGGGCUUCACUCUUUGAUGGGUCUUCUCUUGCUGCCUUUGGAAAUGUGGUAGUUGUUAUAAUCCAGUACAGACUUGGAAUUCUAGGAUUUUUAAGCACAGGAGAUAGCCAGGCACUUGGAAAUUUAGGUCUGUAUGAUCAGCUGGCUGCUCUUCAGUGGGUUCAAGACAACAUCAAGGGUUUUGGUGGCAACCCCAAAUCUGUAACUUUAUUUGGGGAGUCUGCAGGUGCUAUGAGUGUAUCUAUUCACGCUUUAUCUCCCUUAUCAGCGGGUCUGUUUCACAGGAUCAUCAGUCAGAGUGGUGUCAUUCUACAUUCUACAUUUCUGGACAGAAACCCAAAGCUAAAAGCACAGAAGCUUGCUGUGAUGGCUAACUGUUCUUCAACUGACUCAACAUCCAUCGUUGAAUGUUUUAAGAAUAAAACAAUAAAGGAAAUAAUUAAAAUUUCACCAUGCAUGCUGUGUGAAUUAGCAAUGACUCCGGUGAUAGAUGGAAAUCUUCUGCCUAAGGAUCCUCUUGAGCUACUUUCAGCCAAAACAUUUAACAAUGUGGCAUAUCUUCUAGGUGUUAACAACCAAGAGGGUGGAUGGAUAAUUCCUCAGUAUAUGUUAUCACCUGGAUGGGAAAAUGGAGUCUCAAAACAGACUGCCAUGGUCAUAGCAGCAACUUUUCUAAAUAAACUGAAUAUACGUGAAGAAGCUCUCAAAAUGAUCGAGGAUGAAUAUUUCAUGAAUAUUGACUACUUUUCAGGGUCAGACACCAGCUAUGAUGUGAGGGAUAUGCUAAUUGAGCUUAUAAGUGAUUUUAAUUUUAUCAUCCCAACUAUCAAAACAGCAAGACUAUUUAGAGAUGCAGGAAAAUCAGUUUAUCUAUAUGAAUUUCAGCAUCGGCCAUCUUUUUAUGGAGACAGAAGACCUCCAUUUGUAAAAGCUGAUCAUAUGGAUGAUAUAGGGUUUGUCUUUGGAGCACCAUAUUGUACUGAAAGUAUUGUAAUGCUGGAGAACACAACUGAUGAUGAAAAACUAUUGAGUAAAACCAUUAUGGCAUACUGGACUAACUUUGCUAAGAAUGGAAACCCAAAUGAUGAUACCCAUUUGAAAUGGCCAGUCUACAAACUAGAUGAAGCAUACAUGGGACUUAGCUUGAGCCAAUAUGUUGGAAAUGAAUUAAGUAAAGAUAAAAUGUCAUUUUGGACGAAAGUGCUAAACAUGAAAAAUGGUAAUCCAAAUAACAGUGCUGCAACGAUUAACAAUGAUAACAUUUUGAAUUUACUUUUAAUUAUACCUACACUGUUUUUUAUGUUUCUUAUAAACAUAUCGAGCACUUAAUUUUACUGCAAAAAGGAAGUAAUGAAAUUUAUUGGAAAUGAUCUUGUAAGUCUUGAAAAGAUAUACAUUGUGGUAUGCAAUUACAGAAAAAUGACUUUGUUAAGUUAUUAUCUAUUUAAUUUAUCAAAAUGCAUGCAUAUUUUGUCAAAAUAUUGAAAAUACAUUCCUUGGUAGCAGUAAUAUCUUUCAGACUUUCUUUUAAGUUUGCAUUCUGCAAAAAGGGCUUUUUAAUAUGUCUAGAAUACAUUUUUGUAUUAUAAAAAAAACUAUUUCUGUCUAUGAUUAAAUAAAAUGAAAAUA